UUGCCGUGUGUCCCUAUACACACAGCCACACGGUGGAGCACUGGCUAUUCACUGACCAUGUUUGGAAAGAACCAUAUUCUUCACUAAUUGCCACCGACAGGAUAAUAAACUUUUGUCCUAUUUCAGCACUUGAUAGCCCGAGAGCACUAUAAUCCUCCUUAAUUUGGAUUUAGUGCGCGGUGAAACUAGUUUUCUUCCUGGUUUUAAUUUCUUAAAAUGCCUCGGUACUUCGUCAAACUUGUUUGGUUGUCAAAAUGGUGAUGUCCACAGAAAAGUACAUGUUGUAAUUUUGUGAUAAUCAGAGCCUGCUAUUUUAUUUUCUUUGCUCGGAACCCAUGGAACACCUAUUCAUGGACGAAAACCGAUCACCAUGAUUGUGUCCAACGUGAGUCUAAGUUGCGCGAGGUCUGGUGGCGCGUGGUGCGCCAGCAGCGGUGACGACCACUUGGAAGGGACUUCUUCAGACCACACUCUGAGCGCGACUGGACACAUAGUUGUCGCCGUGUGUCUAGGUUUUAUCGGGACCUUCGGUUUCCUCAAUAACAUGAUCGUACUCAUCCUGUUCUGUCGCUACAAGAUGCUGCGCUCGCCCAUUAACUGCCUGCUGGUGAGCAUCUCCAUCAGUGAUCUGCUGGUGUGUAUCCUGGGAACUCCGUUCAGCUUUGCAGCGAGCACUCAAGGACGCUGGCUUAUCGGACCCGCAGGGUGUGUGUGGUACGGCUUUGUGAAUUCAUGCCUUGGUAUCGUGUCCCUGAUCUCGCUGGCCGUGCUCUCUUAUGAGCGCUACUGUACCAUGAUGGGGGCGACGCAGGCAGACAACACCAACUACAGGAAGGUGGCGGGGGGCAUCGUCUUCUCCUGGGCCUACUCGCUGGCAUGGUCCGUGCCCCCGCUGCUGGGCUGGAGCCGCUACGGCCCCGAGGGGCCCGGCACCACCUGCUCCGUGAACUGGGCGGCCAAGACGGUUAACAACGUGUCCUACAUCGUCUGCCUGUUCAUCUUCUGUCUCAUCCUCCCGUUCGCCGUCAUCGUGUACAGCUAUGGCAAGCUCCUGCAGGCCAUCAAACAGGUGAGCCGCAUCAACACGCCCGUCAGCCGUAAGCGGGAGCAGCGUGUGCUGCUGAUGGUGAUCACCAUGGUGGUGGCCUACCUGCUGUGCUGGCUGCCCUACGGGGUCAUGGCUCUGGUGGCCACAUUCGGGCGUCCGGGCCUGGUGACCCCGGCCGCCAGCAUCAUCCCCUCGAUCCUGGCCAAGCUCAGCACAGUCAUUAACCCCAUCAUCUACAUCUUCAUGAACAACCAGUUCUACAGGUGUUUCCAGGCCAUGCUGAUGUGCACCGCCCCGGAGAGGGGCUCCAGCAUGAGAGCCUCCUCGCGGGCCACCAAGACCCUGCGGACGGUGCGCCGCGCCAACGGCCACAACAUCAAUACCUUCGCCAUGGCGUCCGCCGGCUUCAACACCACCUACGCCCCCGAGAGCCCCAGGCAGUCGUCAGCGGGGGGUGCCACCCCCUCGUCCGCCCCGGCCGCCCUGCUAGCGCUAGCGCCAGCGCCAGCCAAGCCCACUCUCUCCCUGGUAGCCCAUUACAACGGCUGAGCAGGGCACACAAGUCUGUACCUGUGCGUGCGUGUGUGUGUGUGUGUGUGUGUUUAUGUGUGUGUUUACGGGGGCGACACACCCAUGUCCGCCAGGCUUGGGGGGCAAACUGCUGACUGUGACAGUGAGGGUGGCUGUCAGUGGUGAUAGGAUGAUAGGGAGGCGUGUGGGGAGAUGUAUACGACAUGACAUGAGUGUGAGAAAGGACCGGAAAGAGGGGGCACUCAAGUCACGCUGAAGGUUGCCACCAUUGAGAUGAGGAUGAAAGCAAACACGUCGGCUCCUGAACGCAUGCUUCCCUGCAACCUUUCUAAUGGUAUUCAAAUGUGCGGUCAAAUGGAGAGAUGGGGAAUGAGGAAGCUAUGUGCUCAUUGAGAAAAGGACAGCUACGCGGACAUUCAUUUCUUUUCACAACAUGAACCACACUUCAGCCUUGAAGUUCUCAAGGAGACGCCUCAAGCCCUGAACCACCGCGCAAACAUUCAUGAACCCACUUUGUGGAAAGUGAACAUUCCAGUAAGUCAAUGCGAACGCAACUGCCAGGCCACAAAAGGUUACGGUUAACCCCUAUGAACCCUUUAGUUCUUUGCAAUGGCCAAGGAUGUCUGACUGCCUGUCAUUCUGCUCACAUGGUAUUUGUCCUCAUAGGUACCUGGAGUGGUUUUAUGAUUGCAGAAGCACCUGUUGGUAAAACGCUUCUGCAGCCGCUUGCUUUCUUGUAUAAUGCUGUGUAUAGGGAUGAACCCCAAUCUGAAUAUGUUAUUCAGGAAAGCACAAAUAAUGCAAUGCAAACAGAUAUUUCUUCUACUCAAAAUUGCUCGUUUUCUAUACAGAAAAAAUAAUCCAUGAUUGACACGUCUUUGCGUCAGCUAGCAUGUUUCUUCAAAUCCAUUCAUUGUGGAUGGCCGCAAGAUAAAAAAAAUGACUAUUUAGUUGGCAACCCAGGACUUUGAUUUCUCUAACUAGUCAUUUUUUAUUUUCUACACAUUGUUGAAAAGUGAUCACUAUAUUAUCUUCAGUCACCAAGUCAGCACGGCAGAGAGUGGGCUGAGAGCUAGCCGUUCCCUGUUAGCACUCAGGGAAACUAUUGCAUCAAGGAGGAGGCGUCAUGAAUCCUCCAUUUGAAACAAACCCACUCAAUAUAUUGUUUAAAAAAUACAUUUUACCUUGUAUUUCAGUCAAUAUUUAUCUGUUUAAGAUUUACCUGUUUAAGAAACGUGCUGUUUUUAUCAGCCGUAGGUUUCAUGGAAUUUUGAUUUAGCUAGCAAUGGACUCUGUUGUUGUAACAAAGUUAUGAAUGUUUCCCUAUUGAACUGCAGUAGCAUUAACACAUCAAGAAACAUGAAUGCAAUAUUAUUAGAAUUUAAGAUUAUUCCCUUCAACUGAAGGAUAUUUUUCUAUAUCUCUUUACUCUAAAUAAGUUCUAUUUCCAAUGCAGAACAGAAUCUUUUGAUUUAUAAAACACUUUCUGUUUUUGAUUGUUCAGUUCUGACAGUUCAUAAAACUUAGUUUAGCUAAAAAUAAAGAUAAAUUAAAAGAGGGAGAGAGAUGAGACGUGUACAGUAUGAGGAUGUGCAAAUAUAUUUCACAAUUAAUUAUAUGUCAAUCAAUUUGUUGCUUUGAAGGCACAACAAUUGCAUUGCUGAUGAAUAUUAGGUUUGAAAAUACAACCCUCACCUGAUUUAACAUGACUUCUGGCCUAAACCAUGCCCACCUGCGGUCUUCUAUCUGAAUGAAGCUACAGAGACAGAUAAUGACAUCUGUGUGCACCUCUAAUGCUGAAGCACAUUGUAUUUUUUACUAAAGACCACACGGUGCCCUUGAUUAUAAAGAUAGCCUUGCAGCGCAGAGAGUUUGUUCUCUCUGAAGAAUAUGCCUGUGAAUAAAUGUAUUGUAUAAUAA